CACCAAUUAGUAACCUAAAUGGAAAAAUGAUGGAAAGAAAAAGGUAAGAAGGUAAAGAAAAGGGGAAAAAAAAGAUUAGCCAAACAAAAAGAAUUCUUAAGCCAAAACCUCCAUUUUGCGACCUACUCUACACAUUUAUCCGUAAUUAUCCCACAUUCAAACAUCAUAUUAUCAGAUCUUGGGCAUAAAUUUGAUGCUAAAACGUUAUCUCAUCCGCCGCCGCCGAAUCGAUCUAGCUUUUGUUGCAAAUAGUCACGCAGUCGCCAUUUCUGUUGACGCCGAAUAUCUCUUUUGGUUUAGAGAAAGAUGAGUUCUUUUUCAAUCACUCGGAAGAAGACUCCUUUCCAGAAGCAUAGGGAAGAAAAAGAAGCAAAAAAGAAGAGGGCUGAAGAUGAAACAGCUCGCCUAUAUGAAGAAUUUCUAGAAUCAUUCCAAGGGGAGGAUCUUCCUGGCUCAAAAGCGUUUGUGCGUGGAGGAUUAAUCAAUCCUAAUGAUAAAGUAAAGGCCGACUCUGAAGGUGGAAAUUCCAAAGAUGGUGUAUCUGGUUCCAAGAAGGGGAGUAGAUAUGUUCCAUCAUUCCUACCACCGCCAAUGGCAACUAAAGGCAGAGAAAUAGAGAGGGAGGAAACCAGGGAGAAACCUAAGGAAAAGGAGAAAGGAAGAGCAAGAAAUAUUGACAACUUCAUGGAGGAGUUAAAGCAGGAGCAAGAGAUGAGAGAAAAGAGAAAUCAAGAGCGUGGAAAAUGGCGUGAUGGUCGUAAUGAAGAACAAUCUAAUACACUUACUCGAUUUGAUGAGCUGCCUGAAGAUUUUGAUGCAAGUGGGAGGGGUUCUUUUGACGAUGGUGAUCCCCAAACAACAAAUCUAUAUGUUGGAAAUUUAGCGCCAACGGUUGAUGAAAAUUUUCUUUUGCGAACCUUUGGAAGGUUUGGACCCAUUGCUAGUGUAAAAAUUAUGUGGCCAAGGACAGACGAAGAACGAAGGCGGCAAAGGAAUUGUGGGUUUGUUGCUUUUAUGAAUAGGGCUGAUGCACAGGCUGCUAAAGAUGAAAUGCAAGGGGUCAUCGUGUAUGAUAAUGAAUUGAAGAUGGGAUGGGGUAAAUCGGUUUCUCUUCCAUCACAGGCGUUACCUGCACCCCCACCUGGUCAUAUGGCAAUCAGAAGUAAAGAGGGUAGCACAGUAAUCUUGUCUGGUUCAGGCACCCCUGUGGCACCUGCCCCUAAUCAGAACUCUGAGUUGGUCCUUACUCCUAAUGUUCCUGAUAUAACAGUUGUACCUCCUGAAGAUAGACAUCUUCGCCAUGUCAUUGAUACCAUGGCUUUAUAUGUUUUAGAUGGAGGUUGUGCUUUUGAGCAAGCAAUUAUGGAGCGUGGCCGUGGUAAUCCUCUUUUUAGUUUCUUGUUCGAGCUUGGCUCGAAGGAGCAUAUGUAUUAUGUUUGGAGGCUUUAUUCCUUUGCUCAGGGUGACACACUCCAGAGAUGGAGAACAGAACCUUUCAUUAUGAUAACUGGUAGUGGGAGGUGGGUGCCACCUUCUCUUCCUACAGAAAAAAGCCCAGACCCUGAGAAGGAGUCAGGCGCAACGUAUGCGGCAGGACGAAGCAGGCGUGUCGAGCUUGAAAGGACACUUACGGAUUCUCAGAGGGAUGAGUUUGAGGAUAUGUUACGUGCGUUGACACUGGAGAGAAGUCAGAUCAAAGAUGCUAUGGGGUUCUCUUUGGAUAACGCUGAUGCUGCAGGGGAGAUAGUUGAAGUUCUAACCGAAUCUCUUACCCUCAAAGAAACACCAAUACCCACAAAAGUUGCAAGAUUGAUGCUUGUGUCUGACAUCCUUCAUAAUAGUAGCGCUCCUGUGAAGAAUGCAUCUGCAUACCGUACAAAAUUCGAGGCUACAUUGCCUACCAUUAUGGAGAGCUUCAAUGAUUUGUACCGUAGCAUAAGUGGAAGAAUUACUGCUGAAGCUCUCAAGGAGAAGGUGCUGAAAGUGCUUCAGGUUUGGUCAGACUGGUUUUUGUUUUCAGAUGCAUAUGUAAAUGGAUUGCGAGCUACUUUUCUUCGACCUAGUUCUUCUGGGGUUGUUCCUUUCCAUUCCAUAAGUGGUGAUGCACCAGAACUGGAACAAAAGAUAGGCCGUGCUGAAAAUGUGAGUGAUGGGAUCAAGGCUAACCAGGAUGUGGCAUUGGCUAUGGGCGAGGGAGCUGCCAUGAAAGAGCUGCUAAGUCUCCCUCUUCCUGAGCUGGAGAGGCGCUGUAGGCACAAUGGACUUUCGCUUGUUGGGGGAAGAGAAAUGAUGGUUGCACGAUUACUUUAUCUCGGAGAAGCUGAGAAGCAACGGGGAUCUGAACUGGAAGAGGACUUGAAAUAUGCACAGACCCAUCUAAGCACAAAUAGAUAUGCGAAUGUGCAGAAAGACACAAAUGCUGAGAUGGAGGCUGGAAGAUCAUCAGCUUGGAACUAUUAUGGGGAUGAUGUGAUCUCUGAAGCAAGAGAGCCAAAUAGUCUGCCGGCAUCACUUUCUAUUCCACAACCUGAACUGAAAGCAUUCAAGGAGAAAGCAGAAAAUCUUUUACCAGCUUCAAAAUGGGCUCGUGAGGACGAUGAUGGUGAGCCUAAUCAAAGUUCUAGAGGUUUGGGGUUAAGUUACUCAUCAUCUGGGAGUGAGAAUGCUGCAGAUGAUCUUGGUAAUGCUGAGGAUGACGAGCUUGCAGCUCAGACUAGUACUGCAACUCAACCUGAAAUCACCAUUAAUGAAGAACAGCGACAAAAAAUGAGACGUCUAGAAGUUGCAUUGAUGGAAUAUCGGGAGUCACUGGAGGAAGGAGGUGUCAAAAGUCCAGAGGACAUUGAGCGGAAGGUUGCUGUUUAUAGGAAACGCCUGGAAUCAGAGUACGGUUUGUCAGAUUCGGGCAAAGAUCUUUCCAGGAGUAAAAGAACAUCUGAGCGAAAUCAUCGUGAAUCUUCUCGAAAACGACAGCGCAGCAGGAGUCGAAGUGGGAGCCUGCCCCGAAGAGGGUCAAAUAGGGAGAAGGAAGAUGUCGAUAGGGAUUACCGUGCCAAAGAGAGGGCUAAAUCUCAUGAUUCAGAUAGCGAGAGGAACAGGAGCAGAAGUAGAGAUCGCGAGAGGAGUGGUGGUCUUGAAAGGGAUGAUAGCCAAAGAGACAAGGAUAGACGACGAAGGAUAAGGUGAUGGUGGUAGUUUUUCGUUGCUUCUGAACAGAUUCGAGCCUACUAAAUGAAAUUGGUGUUGAUCGACUGUAAGGUUGCGAGUUGCAAGCGGAUAUAUUGCUUUGUACUUGAAUCAGGAAUUAGUCCAAAGAUUGAUAUGAUAAGGAACUUUUGAAGUAUAUUUAUUCCAUUUUGUUAUGUAGAGGUGGAUAAAUGAGUUUAUUAAUCUGAAUCUGUUUCUGACCCGAUAACAUGAAAGUGAAUUAUCAUCUCUUGUUUACAAAGGUACAAGCUUUGACCCGAAUAAUAAAUUACAUGACAACUAAAUGUUCACCUCUA